CUCGCCAUUUUUUCUCCCUCGAUCUGAAGUCUCUGAAGAUUCUGACACAGAAAGGAGAAGAAGAGGCCAUUUCACAUUUUCACUUUCCUAUUCUCUGUUUGUUUCUCGAGAAACCGUUUCGAAUCGUAACGAGGAAAAAUCCAGGGGCUUCCUCAAACCCUAGCUCGGGAAUUUGUUGCGGAGAAGCUAGCUCGGGAUGAUCUCGGAUUGUUGAAGAUCGCUCGCUAUGGUGAGGUCAGACCAUGACCUCUUCUUGAACGCGAGAAUCACGUAUUUUCUUCGAGUUAUUGAUGGAACGCCGCCACAGUCUCUCUUCAGAGCCAACAACGACGAAGGAGAAGAAGAAAAGCAGCAGCGAAUUGGUGAGUGUGAAAUUGAUCGAAUGGGAGGAUUACGAGCAGGAAGUCGCGCGAUUGUGGAGCCUUUCGUCUGCUCUUAGGGAAGCUAGAGAGAAGAAGGAAGCUCUGGAAGGGAAGCUUCAUUCGCUCAAUCAGGUUGAAGCUGAAUCAUUAGAUCGAUUGAAUGUGCUUGAAGAGAUACGGGAGAGGGUUGACGCUAGGAAAAAGAUGAUGGAAAGCUUAUCAGACCGUUUGCAGGGAGCAGGAGAGAAAGCUAAGAAGGAAGAAGAAAGGCUUGGUGCAGAAGUUCGAUCUCUUUUGGUUGCAGGAACUGCUCUUUCUGUGGCUAACAAGAAAAUGGAGGAAUCAAAUAGGGUACUUGCUGGAGAAAGUGGAUUUCUUCGCCUCAGAAACUUGCAGAAGAUGCUCAGGUUGAGGCAACAGUUUAUGAUAUCACAGGUGUCGUUGCUUUAUUCUGUGAAGAUGUCACCAGGACCUUCACAGGAUCAAGAACUUGAAUCACUGCCUAGUACUAGUAAAUCAGGGAACAGUGCUGGAUCUAAACUUGUUAACCCAGGAUCCUUGACGAUUUUAGGUCUGCAUUUGACUAUGCUUCCUUUCACAAAGAUGAGUUUUUUCUCCAAUAAGAAGGAGGUGCAGAGGUCUGCAACAGCCCUAGGAUAUGUUGCUCAUGCUGUGUCACUUGUAUCCUCUUACUUAAAAGUUCCCAUCCGUUAUCCUGUGCGCUUGGGUGGUUCACAUUCUUAUAUAAUUGAUCCUGCACCUUCGAUAGAGCCCAUAUCAUCAUCAGUGGAGUCUUCAAAGUCAACAACUCAAUCCACUGUGAAGCCUGUUGAAUUCCCCCUCUUUCUAGAUGGUCAAGAUACAACACGAGCAGCUUAUGCGGUAUUCCUGUUGAACAAGGAUUUGGAGCAGCUGUUGAAUUACAUUGGUGUCAAGAGUUUAGGGCCGCGCCAUGUAUUAGCUAAUUUGAAGGAGCUUGUGAGGACAGUUCAAUCUGCCGAGUUUUUAGAAUCGUGAUUCAGAGGCACCUUCCGUAAAAAAUGUUUGCAACUUGUCUCUCUGUAAAGUGUACUUGUAUUCUUACACAGGUGCAAUGUUUUGGUUUCUCUUCUUCUGUUGCAGCACCUCUCCCCAUAACCCAUAGGAAUUCUACUUAAAUGUCUUUUAUUCUCUUUGCUUCCUUAGGUAGGAACUAGGAACCCUUUUUUGUCUCAUUAAUAGGAAACGAAAGUGUGAGAUUCAUUGCUUACCCCUUGUAAUAGUGAAAGUUCGAUUUGCAGUUAAUCCGCAAAUCGCAGUUAAUCCGCGAAACACAUGUGGUUUGGUUAAUUGAUUUUUGUUAAACCGCAAAUACCAUGCUAUCUCAUAAAUUUUUAUCUACAUUUCAGUUCAUGAUACCAUUAACAAUAAUUCACAAUAUAAAGCACUAAAACUAGGGUUUGGUUUGAAUCCCCCAGCUGAGAAUUCAUCUUGUGGCCAUUGGGUAGUAGUCCUCCUGCUUCUGGCUGGCGAUUUCC